UUUAUUUUAAUUCUUCACUUCCUCACUCUGUCACACACUCCUCAGUCUUCCCCACGCACAUUGGCUUAAAAAAGGAGCUCCCUUUCUCGCCAUUCUUCUUCUUUAGUCAUUCUCUCGUUAGUGGGUUUUUCUCAGAUUCAUUCUCGGUGGAUUGCCUGUUGCUUGCGAGAGUAAGGUUUGGCCUUUGGCGUAUUGGGAAUCUAUGGCCCCUCUGCUUCUUCUUUUGCUUUUGGCUGCCUCUGUUGUCACUGCUGACGAAGAUGCAUUUAUUGGUGUCAACAUUGGCACGGCGCUCUCUGACAUGCCAAACCCAACUCAGGUGGUGGCCCUCCUCAAGGCACAACAGAUUCGACAUGUAAGGCUGUAUGAUGCUGACCGGGCCAUGCUCCUUGCUCUUGCCAACACUGGUAUUCAAGUCACUGUCUCUGUCCCAAAUGAAGAGCUCCUUGGUGUGGGCCAGUCCAAUGCUACCGCUGCCAAUUGGGUUGCCCGCAAUGUUGUGGCACAUGUCCCAGCCACAAACAUCACUGCCAUUGCAGUUGGAUCUGAGGUCCUUACAACCCUUCCAAAUGCUGCUCCUGUGCUUGUAUCUGCCAUGAAGUUCAUCCACUCAGCCCUGGUUGCCUCCAAUCUUGACGAUCAGAUUAAAGUGUCUACACCACACUCAUCCUCCUUCAUCCUUGACUCUUUUCCUCCUUCACAGGCGUUCUUCAACCGCUCCUGGGACAAUGUCAUGGUCCCCAUGCUCAAGUUCUUGCAGUCCUCAGGAUCAUACUUCAUGCUCAAUUCAUACCCUUAUUAUGACUACAUGCAAUCAAAUGGAGUUAUCCCAUUGGACUAUGCACUUUUCCGCCCCCUCCCUCCAAACAAAGAAGCUGUGGAUGCAAAUACACUCCUCCACUACACCAAUGUCUUUGACGCUGUAGUAGAUGCAGCCUACUUUGCCAUGGCCUACCUAAACUUUACAAAUGUUCCUAUUGUAGUGACUGAGUCAGGAUGGCCUUCCAAGGGUGACAAGAAUGAGCCAGAUGCCACUCUUGACAAUGCCAACACAUAUAACAGCAAUUUGAUCAGGCAUGUGCUUAACAACACUGGGACACCCAAGCAUCCUGGGAUUGCUGUUAGUACCUACAUCUAUGAACUCUACAACGAGGAUAUGAGACCUGGGUCACUCUCAGAAAAGAACUGGGGGCUGUUUGAUGCUAAUGGUGUACCAAUUUAUAUUCUACACCUGACAGAUUCUGGAAUGGUAUUGGCAAAUGACACAACAAACCAGACAUAUUGUGUAGCUAGGGAUGGUGCUGACGAAAAGAUGCUGCAGGCUGCUUUGGAUUGGGCAUGUGGCCCUGGAAAAGUGGAUUGCUCACCUUUAUUGCAGGGACAGCCAUGCUACGAGCCUGACACAGUUAAUGCUCAUGCUACAUAUGCUUUUAAUACUUACUAUCAUCAGAUGGGGAUGGCUUCUGGGACUUGUUACUUCAAUGGGGUGGCUUCUGUCACUACAUCAGACCCAAGUCAUGGUUCCUGCAAGUUUCAUGGAAGUGGUGGAAACGGCACUUUCAUUAACGGCACGUCACUUGCUCCUUCUUCGAACUCUACGGCCUCUGGGUGCUCCUCAAAUUUCCAUGUUGGCUCUGCCGCAAUCACUUUGAUCAUAGGGGUUCUGCUCUGGAGUGCAGCUUUCUUGUAGUCUCCUUCCAAAAAUCUUUGAUCGACUCUGUCUCCUGUAACAGAUGAGGAGGCUUGGGGGGAGAUGGUAUGUGUAUUCCUCUCCUGUUUGAGAGAACCUGCAGCGUACCCAAUUUUGUCUCCUCAGAGGAGGGGGGAGAGAAGGGCGACGAAGUAGUUCAAAUUUGAUGUCUGGCGGAGGUAUAUCAAGAGAGAGAGAGAGAGAGAGAGUUCAUCCAUUUUGAUCCUGUACAAACAAACCCCAGAAGGAUUAUUGGGAUUUUUAUUGGUGUACCCAACCUCCACCUCCACUACAUUAGGCUUUCAUUGGAUUGGAGUUGCAUUCAUUGAAUUAGAUUUAUGAUCGAUUGCUCCAAUUCAGCUCUUCAGUUCCAACCAUUUUGUUUCUUCAUUUGAGUGUGGAAAGGUGCAUACUCCAUAAAUAGUUUAAACAUCUAUCACCAGAGUGUAAUUUUUGUGAUGCGACUUGUUUAGGUUUUUGGA